AUCUUCAGAAUCAACCAGGAAACUCGACACCUCUGGGCUUGGGAGCGGUUGCCUCCCAGCCUGACAGGCUUGUAAACCUUAUCUCCGCACGCUUCAACCCAUCUCGGUGACUAGUCCCGAGAGAAGGGAAGGGAGGGAGAAACAUCGGUCAGCUGCCUCUUGUGCGCCAACCGGGGACAGCCCAAGCAUGUGCUUUGACCAGGAAUCGAACUGGUGGCCGUUUGUGGGACGACGCUCAACCAACUGAGCCAAGCAGGUCAGCGCUGUGAGGCCAUCAGUUGCAGUCCCAGGGUCCUAAUGGCGGCAGAGCCACUGACUGAGCUGGAGCUAGCCAUCGAGACAGUAGUCACCACCUUCUUCACCUUUGCAGGGCGAGAGGGCCGGAAGGGCAGCCUCAGCAUCAAUGAGUUUAAGGAACUGGCCACUCAGCAGUUGCCUCACCUGCUCAAGGAUGUGGGCUCCUUGGAUGACAAGAUGAAGAGCUUGGAUGUGAAUCAGGACUCAGAGUUCAAGUUCAACGAGUACUGGAGGCUGAUUGGGGAGUUGGCCAAGGAGAUCAGGAAAGAGAAGGCCCUGGAGAUCCAGAAGAAGUAAAACCUGCUGGCCAGGACGGGGCACGCAGGGCAGGACCAUGCAGAACCCAUUCCCCCAAAUAAAACCUCCUGCUUAAAACA